UCGUUCCCCGCGCCGGGCUGGCCACUGGCGGGGUGGGGCGGGGUCCGCCAUGGCGACCGCGGAGCUCCGCGGGCACGCGGCGCGGAUGUCCACGCAGGGGUCUCGGCCUGGCGCGGCCCCCGACGGCACGGCAGGAGCUGCGGGGCUGCCCUCCGGACGGAGCGGCAGUGCCACCCCCCGGUUUGGGGAUCGCCCGCCCCCCACCUUGGAGAAGCGGGGACCUUACAUGCUGACGCGCGCACCUUCCAUUCAGGCUAAGCUGCAGAAGCACCGGGACCUGGCCAAGGCUGUUCUACGGAGAAAGGGCAUGCUGGGGGCCUUGCCGAACCGCCCCGAUUCUUCAGGGAAAAGGUCAGUGAAGUUUAACAAGGGCUAUACUGCUCUUAGCCAGAGUCCAGAUGAAAACCUGGUGUCCCUUGACUCUGACAGUGAUGGGGAGCUGGAAUCCAGAUACUCCUCCGGGUAUUCCUCUGCAGAGCAGGUGAACCAGGAUGUGAGCCGGCAGCUGCUGCAAGAUGGAUAUCACCUGGAUGAGAUUCCAGAUGAUGAGGACCUGGACCUCAUUCCCCCUAAGCCUAUGGCCUCUUCCACAUGUUCUUGCUGCUGGUGCUGUCCUGGGGAUUCUUCCUGUACCCUCCAGUAGCCGUAACCCUCCAUGAUGGGCCACAUGGCCCUUCACAGCUCAGUGCACUGGGCGCUGCUGCCAGCCUAGAACCGCUGGAGGCACUGACCGUCUGGGCAGGCCAGUGACCUAGGUAGCCCUCAGCUGGUGCUUCUCAUGUCAGAGGUUCCCAUCUGGGUCAAAGGUGAUAGGUGGAAGUCUGCAGUUUUCUCUUGGGGCAGUUUCAGGAAGCCACUUUAAUAAUGGCAGGAACAAAGACUUUCUUGGUUCUUAUGCUGUUGACAAGGGUUGCUAAGAAAACCAUUUGCAGACAUUCUGACUGGUUUUUCUCAAGGUGUUCUGAGGGAGGAAAAAGAAAGAGUUCUUCUGCCCUGGCUUGGAGGUGGAGGGAGGCAGAAAACAGCACUUUAUGGCUUACAGAAGGAAGAAAGAGUAUAACUGGGACCAAUUCAAGAAAUUCUAUAUGCUUUUCCUGCCCCAGCUUGAAAAGCAGUUAGGAGGCUUGACCUUCAAGAAAGCACCAAGAAGGUUGUUACUUCAGGCUACAUCUGUCUAGUUAUGGCGAGGAAGGUAAGAUGGAGUAGGACUGUGGCUUUCAGAACCUCUAGACUUGGGACAUUCUAUUGGUCCUGCUGAUUGGAUGGGUUUAGUAACUCUGGUCAGCCCUUCCAUAGUUAGAAGAAAACUUCUCUGUCAUGUAUAUGUUUAUUUUUGUAAGUAGUUCCUUGGUCUUGGUUAGUUUUUCCACCUGGAUUUUUGAGGUAAAAGUUGGGUUGGCUGCCGGGGCUGGCCCCAGAAACCUGCAGUUUUUGUGAUUACCAGCAGAGGGAGCUGGUGUGCAGUCAGUGCCUUCCUGUGUUCAGCUUUUAAGCUUUGGAUAAGUAUUGAUGGAUGAGAGCUGAUGUUUCUCAUGUAGCUGUAUGGCUUUGGCCUACAUGGAAAUAACAGGAUAGGGAGAGAGAUGUAAAACAGCUCCUGGACCCCACUUGAGAUAGAUCAAUUUGCAGUGCAAGGGGGACUUCCCUCUCCUAACAAGGCUCAUUUCUGUGGCACAUUCAUCUGCCCCAACAGCACUCACACGCUGCAGGUGUCGCUCUGGUAGAGCAUUUGCCUAGCAUAUGCAAGGCUGGUGGUGGGGCGCACAGAACAAAGACCUAUGGGCAAGCACAGCCCUUUUCAACCCCAAGCCUGAACACAACAAACAGGAAUAAUUUCUGCAACCACAACUGGGAAAUUUCUCUUGCUAUACUAAGCCCUUUUCUGGAAUUUAGUUUUCCAGGACCCCCCCCCUUUUUUUAAUCUUACCUAGGUGUGUGGUGAGGCUUGGAGUGGAGAGGGUUUCCAGCAUAAGGGACACAAUAGUCAGAAUUAGGGGUUGGGUACCACAUGUGUGUCCUGUCCAGUGACACUAGAGGCUUAGGAGGAAUGAUAUGCCCUCUAUGGGCUUUCCACAGCGGUAGCAGAAAGGAUAAGGUCAAAAGAUAAGGCCUUCAGCCAGAUGCAGUGGUGCACGCCUUUAGUCUCAUCACCCCAGGCAGAGGCAGGUAGAUGGAUCUGAGUUUAAGGCCAGCCUGGCCUAAAAGUCCAGCAUAUCCAGGACUACACAGAGAAACCCUGUAUCGAGAAGCCAAGAGAGAUAAGGCCUCUGCUACUUAGUCACAAACCUGUCCUUAUGAUUGCCUAGGUUUUUGUUCUUAGGCCGUGGAAGGCUGAAAUGAGUAAUACACUAGUGGCUUUUUCCUCAACUAUUACAGGACAGAAGAUGGGACAGAAACCAGAAGCACAUCUGCUAGGUUAUAGAUGCUAAUUAUGUUCUGCAGUAGAACUCUGCGGCUGUGUAGGCAUCUCACAUUCUGAGCACUUUAUGUAAGGCCUACAGGGAGGGCCACAGACCAGGUCUAGGCCUUCUAGAAUUCUGCAGAGGUGAAGACCUCACAUGGAAAGGGAUAGAUACAUCACAGUGUAAAGACUUGGUGGCAGGGCUUAGGUGAGGGCCAGAAGUGAGUGUGGAUCUUAAGUGUGGAGCCUUGUUUCUGUCAGAAUUUGGUUAAAACAGUGGCCUGAGCACUUGACAGCUCCUGGUGGGGAGAAUACCCCCCAAAACAUACCCUCCGGUUGUUGCUUUAGUCAACAUUGAGGUACUUGACUAGAACUGUCCCUGGAAAGGAAGUUCUAGAGCUGGGUGACCUUAUGGGAAAGCAUUACUUGUGGAGAAAGCUCAGGGAUGUGGAGCAGGUGGUGAUGUCCAGCUAGGAUAGGUAGAAAUGAUGAGUUGUUAGAUGAAAAUAAUGCCAAUAAAGGCACAAUGGUGCCCAGAUCCUACCUGCCUUAAUUAGAGUGCUGGGUGUUCCGCAGGAGGCAAUCCCUGGGAAGGAAAGCAGAUGAGCUCCUCAGCAGUGGUUCCACCUGGAGUUCACACUGCUCUAUAGACCUCUCUCUUGGCUUGCACUUCUAUAGUCUGUUAUAAUAAAUGCAAUCAUGGUAGUUGAGCUGUA